AUGUUUGACUGCUUGACAGGCAAAGACGCUCCUCGAGUUCUAUAUGAGGAGAUAAAGCAGAAGUUUGGUUACACCGGCGUGGUGAACCACAAGCAGGUUGGUGUUCGGAGCUUGUACGACAUCCUCCGUGGGGUGCAGAACAAGAAGGAUUUGGAAACGGCUUUGCAGACCGUCAACCUGUUUUACAACUUCGGCGUGAAGUUGAAACAUCGGGAGAUGUCGACCAGGCUUUUGGCAGCUUCAAUGCGAGCUCCGGCCGAGUCAGAAGCUCUGGAAUUGAUUCGGUUGUAUGGCACCUGGUUGGAACACCCACCAGAUGCCUCGAUUCUCUAUGCUGUCAUGUCUCAUUUCUUGGACGAUGGCAAACCCCUGGUUGUCAGGGACAUUGCAAAGCAGUUGCGGGAGGACUGGCGCUUCUUGUUGGAGGCGCCACUAUACAACUUGGCCAUCGAAGCCAUGCUGUCGCUUCCGCAUGAUCAGGAUGGCUUGCUGGAGGCUCUGGUUUUAUUUCAGGAUGCAUUGCAGAUGGGUGUGAGGUUACCGCAAAAGAUCCAACUGCAAUUGCUCAACAAAUGUCUUCUGGCCGUCGAGCAUGAGCACGAGGUAUCCGGCACGAAGCUCGAAUCAGCGUUGACUGUUGCAGAGUCUCUUUCCAGAGAUGGGUAUGUGCGAGCAGGUGGCUCGGAGGUGUCGUGCUCGAUUGCAUGGCUCCUGUGGCACAUGAAGGACUUGGAGCCCGGAGCCGUUUCCUCGAUCCUAGACGGUUGGUUCGUGGCCAUGCCUCAGCCGCCGACGAGCCCGUGUAAAGAUUCGGGAUAUUGGAUUUCUUUCUGUUGUGCAUGGAACGAGGUGUUGGCACGAAGGCCGCUGGCAAUGGUUGUGUUCUUCAAUGCCACCGGCACGAUGACAUGGUUGACUGCCUUGACCCUUCUGUCGUCGAGUGCCGAGAUUCAAAGAGUUCUGGCAGCUCCUGACUAUGCUGUGGGAUGGCUCACUAUGCGCUCCACAUUCAAAUUACGGCAGCCGUUGAAUUUUGCAUUGGCAGCCGCGGCGUCCAAACAGAUGCCCAGUCUGUCUUUGCUUAAGGUGUCGCCACUGUUGACUGCAGUGGCUGCUGAUCCGGAUUCGAGAAAGUCGAUGGCGUCUGUGUGCGCAGCAGUCUUCAGAUGGCACUGGCUAGGAGUCCGCGGACGUGCCAUGCUUCGAAGGUUUCUGGCAGGUGGUGGGCGGUUGCUCCGACUGGCAGAAGGCCCUCUGGACCAAUGCGGGUUUGCAUACUUCCUCAGUGCGAAGUUUACGAAUGUUUGCACCGUCGCCCUGGCAACCGUGGCAUCAAUGCAGUAUGCAGACCUGCAAAGUCGACUAGCGGCCUGGGGCGUCUCUGGUGACCUGCAGGAGGAGGCCGGACUGUUGGCAUGCGCAAGCUUCCUGAACGUUACCUUCGUGCCUCUCCACUUCUACGGUGCCGUUCACUUGGUUCGAUUCCUUGAGGGUGUUGCCGGAGACACGUGGAAGCAGGUCCAAAUGGAACAACGACUGAACGAUUGCAACGCAAUUGCAUCCCCAGAGGACUCGUCGGAGAUGAACGAGGAGGAAUUCACGAAGAAUCUCAUCAUUUUAGCUGCUUGUGGCGCAGCUCUGACGGAUGCGGCAGUCUGUCUUUACUUCAUGAGACGGCUGGCCAAAUCGCCAGCCACAUGCCUCUCCGACUCGCUCGGCCAGCUCUUUCCUAUGCAGACCGGCGAGGAAGAUGCCGAGGCCUCCCCAGAGACCUUCCUGAUGGCCCGGAUAGGCACCUUCCACUCAUGCUUCCCAGCCCCGUUCGGCUGUCCUCGGCAGGGUCUUGCUGCGCCAUCAUCUCGUGGGCAAAUCAAGCUGGCAGACUGGUUGACAGCUUCAGGGGGAGGUGGACAAUACCUUGAGGGUUUGGAGGCGUUCUCGCAUGUUUGGGUCAUUUUCCUCUUUGACCAGAACAAGCAUAGCAAAACGUCCUUUGACCCUGCCUGCUCGUUCUUGAAGCCAACUGUCCGACCACCAUGGUUGGCAGGGGACGAUGGUCGCCGAGCGAAGCGAGGUGUCUUUGCAACCCGAUCUCCACACCGUCCAAAUCCCGUUGGACUGACCCUGUGUCGGUUGGACUGUAUUGACCAGGUCAAUAGUACAAUCUACAUCAGUGGUGUUGAUGUGGUCGACCGAUCAGCAGUGCUGGACAUUAAGCCGUACCAUCCUGUUGAAUCGUUCGGCCCCGGCCGCGACCUGCAAUCCAUGGCAAAAGUGGAGAGAGAGGCGAUCCAUUUUGCAGACUGGCUACCAAAACCGCAGCCAUGCAUCGACAUUGUAUGGAGCGAUGCUGCACUCACAGAGCUGCAAGAAUUACAGGAGCACUGCAGGUUCUAUCCCGAUGACCGUGACCAUCGUUCGAACCUGGAGAUUCCUUCUUUGACUUCUUCGGAGCAAGUGGCUUACUAG